AUGAUUGCAGAUACAAAAGAAUACCAUCUAGGAGACCAUCAUCUGCUCUCUCAAAAAAAGGCAUUAGGUGCAUUUAAAACAUUUAAAAGGUACUUAUUUGGGUGUCUGAUUGACAUUUUUGAGCCUGAAUUCAAUACAAGCAUCUCUUUCAAUCAGCAAUUAAUCCGCGAAGUGACUACGGCUAUUAUCAUCUUAAUUCAAUCAGUAUCGCUUUUCUGGUACCCAGAUAUGCCACUUCGUCAUUGAAGUUCUUAUUCCACAUUUUGAAAUUGCCUUAGAUUUUUCAAUUAUGAUUAUCUGAGUGCAAGACUAAAUGUUUACCCUUUUUGCAUCUUAGUAGAAUUUAUUUUGUUUAUUUACUCACUUAUAACUGUGGCGCUAUACUGUAUUUUUAAGCAUUUUAACUACGAAAUGCCUAGCUCUUUACUUUAUGUUGCAAAAAUCAUUAUCGUUUUUUUAACCUCGAUACUGCUAAUUCCAUUUUUAACAACCCUCCUUGUUGUCCUCAAGUAUUCAACAGGCAAGUAUGAUUACGUUCACGAGUAUGAUGAUUAUGAUACUAACAGCUAUAAUUUUGGAGCUCUAGGGAGUACUUUUAGCUUCCUGAUUUUAGCUGCUUUUUUGCCCAUAUCUUUUCUGGUGGAAAUUAUAAAAGCAGAUCUUAGACAUUCGGUGGCUUAUAAAAACUUAAAAGCUAGAUCUAACUCUGUAUGGGAUUUGCUCUGCAGAUUAUGUUUUGUAAUUCAAUGUUCUCUGUUUGUUUUUUUAGAUAAAAAUCUGCAUGAAUAUCAUCUAGUGAUAAGCAUGACUAUGGGGGCAUAUUUACUGGUACCGAUCAGAACGACCGAGCUCACCUAACGCCACCAGGAUGUCUCAGCUGCUUAUUUACAGACUUGCUGCACAGUUUAAAUCCUCCAGGUUCAGAGUCCUCCUCCUCUUAGUUGUUGUAGCAGUGGCACUUUAAUGGCGCGGGGUUAGAGUAGGUUUGGGACUGACCACAAGUGUCCUUCAGAGGGCUGAGACAAAACUGCUGGAGCAGAAUCAGUGAAGGUUGAGAUGGAGCAAGCAACGAACAAGGUGCUAUUGCUAGCAAAAACUCCUUUAUAGGGCAAAACUAAACUAUGAGGGAGAGUAUAUUUACUGGUACUUUGAAUUUAGAUAUUUGCAUUAUUUCAACCCAAUUGAAAAUUCUAUUCAAGCUUGCAAGAUGGGAUGCAUUUCAAUAUGUUCAGUUGUAUUUUUAUUUUCAUAUUUAACUGAUAGCGCAACAACACUGACACUGUUAUGCAUUUUUUUGCCACCUUUAUCCUGCUUUUUUAUAACAUUUUACAUACAUAAAAAAUAUUGGGCAUUAAAAUUCAAUAGAGAUGACCCAAAAAAUCAAUAUACCUUGGAGCGCUCGAUUAGACAUAUAUUAACAGACAAAAAUUGCAAAAAUAAAACUGAGAUAAAUGAGCUGUUGUCAAAACAUUUUAACUCGACUAUGAAGAAGAAUGCUCUUUAUACUAUAUGAGAAGUCAAUUUUUGUAUUAAUAUUGCAAAAGAUGAGAGACUUGGGAGAGUCAAAUUGACAAAAUGCCAUUUUCUUAAACCAAACAUUGAAGCUUAUGUGCAAAAAUUUAGAAUUUUUAGGAAAUUUGAAAAGAAUGAAAUAUCAUUACCAGAAAUUGAAUAUUUAGACCAUUUACUAAGCCUCGAUGAAGCCAAAAAAUCAGACGAAGAAAUUUGUUCUCUUUUAUUAGAUUUGUGAGCUGAAAUUGUAAGAAAAGACCCUAGCAUUAACAAGCUCAGAAAUUUUAUUACAAAAAUUUAUGAUCUUUCCAAUGAAAUUAAGAAGCUAUAUGGCUCAAUUUCACAAGAAAUCAAGAAUUCUGAGGUAUUUGAUUUAUACGGACUAUUUUUGAUUAAUAUUCUAGGAGAGAUCGAAGAAGGAAAUACAAUUCUUAAAAGGAAGCUAAAUAUAAAGAGCGAGUCCUAUAUGGACUUCAAAAAACUUGAAAAUUAUGAUGAAAAAUUUGGAAUUAUGCUAAUCUCCACAGAUAUUAAUACAUUUGGGACUAUUGCAUAUAUGAAUGAAAAAGCUGCAAUAAUUCUCAAAGUUUCUCCAACUGAAAUGAUUGGGCAUGAUUUUAAUCAAUUUAUUCCCAAACCUUAUUCUCUAAACCAUAAUGAUUAUAUGCUCAACUAUUAUAAAUCAUGUACAAGUACUGUUCUAGAAGAAUCUCAUGCAUCAUUUCUUCAAAAUCGUAAUGGAUAUCUUUUUGAAUGCAAUGCCUUGAUUAAGCUUAUAAUUACGAUUAAUGAAGUUUUUAUAGUUUCCAGUGCUCACUCUAAUAAAAUAUAGACUGGAAGCCAAGCGCAUUUUUCCCGCUCAAAAUGGCAGACAAUUCGAGGAGACUUUCCUAAAAAAUAGGCUCCCAGGCCAGCUGCAUAUCUCUCUCGACACGCUGUCAUCGUGUGAACUUAGCUUCUGCAUGCUCUGUCUAGAGGUCUCUUCCUUGGGUGUGUUGAACGAAUACGCCCUAAGAAAACCAUAUAUCCAUUGGAUAGGUCAGAGGUUUGCAAGGAUAAUAAUGGAGUAAAAUUACGGUAAAAGUUUAAAACAUAUAAAAUGACUGUAAAUGUAUUUAAUAGAAUGGAAAAAAAUGCCUGAAGAUUAGAAAUAUGGUAAAAGAAAAUAUAUUGCACCUUAAUAUAAAUUUUAUUCUGUAGUCUAAAAAUUUUGGACUCAAAAAUUGCAAGAAAUUACCCCUAAAAAAUCUAUAGUUUUCCUUUGAAUAGCCCGACAAGGUGUUGCCCUAGGCUGGACUUGAGGAAUUUCAUUACAUUAAGGUAUGCAUUUCUAUCUUUAUUAGAUGUAAGUAUUGGGGACUGGGAUAUUGAUUAUAAACUCUUGAGUUUUUUUUUCAGUUAUAGCUUUGAAAAAAAAAUUACAGUCAUUUUAUAGGUUUAUAAAUUUACUGUAAUUUGAUGCCAUGGAGUUUUUUUAUGAUUAUCCUUUAUGCACCCCUCCCAGUUGUUUACUUAUAUUGCUGAAUAAGGAUUCUCUGGGAAAACUGAACCUCAUAAUAAACGAUCUCAAGAGAGGAAAUAUACGAGCGAAAUUCACAUAAGUUUUCGAUUUUAUUAUUACUAUCCUUAAUUAAGCUCACAGCAUUCAAAAAUAAAGCUUAUUUCAUAAUUUCUUUUACUCAAUGCACUCAAAUGAGACAAAUAAUUCUCAUAUCAGAAGAAGGACAAAUUUUCAGCCAUUCUUCGCAACUAAUGUCGUUAAUUGGACUAGAAAAAACAAACUAUAGAAAUAUGAAUAUUUCUGAUUUAAUACCAGGGGUUAGUUUAUCAAAUUUGCCGUUAUAUGAGCCAUUUAUUAUUUAUCAUAACAAUAGAAAACUAGCAUUAGUCCAUACAGUAAGAAACGCAAAAUUGACUCCAGUUCAUCUUAUUUUAAUUCUAGCUGAUUACUCUGAAAUAGAAAAGUGAAAAAAUCAAAAGUCUGACGAACAGCUGGCAUAUUUUUUAAAAUUACCAAAAAUUAUUAAAGAAUCACCGGAUAAUGAGUAUAAAGAUGAAAUGCUUAUGCGCACUAAAACUAAAAAGUUAGCAUUUAACAUAAACUCUAUUGAGAAAACAUCAUAUAUCUCAAGCACUUAUGAUGUGCCGAACUCUGAAGUAGCUGACGAGGAAAAAUCAUACUCAGCUGCUCCUGUAAGUUCAGCCUACUCUCAAUCAAUAUCGUGCGAUCGUAUUUUUUAUUUAGGAUCUGCAUCAAAAUAUAUAGUAAACACUGGAAAUGCCAUUAAAAAAUUUCAAUGGGUAUUAUUUGUAGCAGUAUUUUUUAAAUAGAUCAUAGCUAUGAUUGGAACCAAUAUUGGGAUAUUGAUAUACAUUAUAAAAGAGGUAAGACAUGCAAAUUCGUUGGAAACUUUUAAUCGUCUUGGUCAAAUUAUGUUUUAUAUCGGCUCAACUGCAAAUAUUGUUAGAUCGAUCGAUAUAGAAAUCAGCCAAGGGAUAUAUAAUCUUACAAGGGAUUCCGAAUAUUAUAGUAAAAAUAUAGCUGUACUCUCAAGUUUACAGCAAAGCGUAUUAGAUGAUAAAUCGCAAUGGAGUUACUGCCCAAGCUCGAAAAUAGUUGAAGAAAAUCUUAUUCCUAUUUGGGAAUUCGAUAUGGGAGAACCAUAUCUGAAAAAGCACAACCUUUAUGAUACUAUUGCACUAUUUAUUAAGCAUGUAAACAAUAUUUAGGGUCAAUCUCUAUUGAAAUACUCUAAAACAAAAGAAGAAAGCUAUAUUUAUGAGUCAAAAUGGCUUAUAAUUAAUAGCAUCAGUUAUUCUUUUGACUUACUCCCCCCCCCCCCCUCCGUGAGCGAACAAAAAAUUUUUUUGUUCGCUCACGGAGGGGGGUUAAUUUUUUUUUUUAAAAAAAUUUAUAUAUAAAUUUUAUAAAAAAUAUUUUUUUCGAAAUUUAAAAAAAUCCUAAUUUGCAAAAAUUGGGAAGCAAAUAUUAAUUUAAUUUGCAAAAUUUAUGUUUUAAAAAACGCAAUUUGUUUAAAAUUAAACAGAAUUAGCUCUAGAUUUCAUUAUACUAAUUAUCACUUAUAUAUCAAAAUUUUUUUUCCAUUAAAAUUUUUUCUAUUAAAAAAAUUUUUGUUCACUCACGGAGGGUGGGUUUUUGGUCAAAAAAUGGCGAUUUUUCUAAUGGUUUUGUUCGCUCACGGAGGGGGGGGGGGGGAGUUAGUAAACUCUGCAUUGUCUGGCCUUGUUGAGUGUGAGAAAAAUAGAAUUUAUGAUUCAAGCCUAAGUAUUGCUCUUUUGCAAUGAACUGGUGUUACCAUUAUUUGCCUUUGCUUAGCGGUACUUGUAUAUUUCAUAAUUGAGUUAAAAAUUGCUUACUCCCCCCCCCCCCCUCCGUGAGCGAACAAAAAAAUUUUGUUCACUCACGGAGGGGGGUUAAUUUUUUUUUUUUAAAAAAAAUUUAUAUAUAAAUUUUAUAAAAAAUAUUUUUUUCGAAUUUAAAAAAAUCCUAAUUUGCAAAAAUUGGGAAGCAAAUAUUAAUUUAAUUUGCAAAAAUUUAUGUUUUAAAACGCAAUUUGUUUAAAAUUAAACAGAAUUAGCUCUAGAUUUCAUUAUACUAAUUAUCACUUAUAUAUCAAAAUUUUUUUCCAUUAAAAUUUUUUCUAUUAAAAAAUUUUUGUUCACUCACGGAGGGUGGGUUUUUGGUCAAAAAAUGGCGAUUUUUCUAAUGGUUUUUGUUCGCUCACGGAGGGGGGGGGGGGGAGUUAUGAAAACUUUUGGAAAUUUAUCAAAAAAUCUGUUAACUUAAGUUAUUUUGCUCUUAGACAAGUCGCUUUUGAUAGGCUUAUUUCGAUCCAUGGGGCAGAUUUGAACCAAGAAAAUGAGACUCCUCUCAAGUAUUCUAAAUCAAGCAGCGAUCAUAUAAAAACAACACUCACAUGAAAAUUCAGUUGGAGACUAAGCUUUUUUGGAAUCCUUUCUUUUUCCUUUUAUUUAUUGAUAAUGUUUUAUCUUUAUGAAGACUGCAGAACAUAUAUGAUAAACAGGCCUAAACUAUUACAAAAUUUCAACCUUAGGAGGACAUUGCUAGCAAGAAUAGGAUAUUUCACAAGGGAUAUCAAUUUGCCAACAAACAAAAAUCUAUAUCAGCAAUCUUAUAGUCUUUCUGACCCUUCCAUUGAGUUUGAAAAAUCGAUUUUGUGGUAUAGAGAAGAAUAUAGCAGUCUACGCUCUAAAGAGCUACAUGACUUAUUAUCAAUUUCUGUAAGGCAGCGAAUUUUUGAAGAAACUGUUGCCUCAUUUGAUUUUAUGAAAUAUGGGACAGGAGCUGCUAGCUAUUCAGUUAUUUUUGAUGCCUUUUAUUUUGGAGUAAACGAAUACCGUUCGCCUACAGAAAAGGAUUAUUUUAUUACCAGUUUCACUACGCUGCAAGACUCUAUGUCUAAGAGUUUUGAUAUGAUAGACCUAAUUACGAAUAAAAACAUUCAUGAUGAUUAGUCGCUAUCCUAUUUUAUAUAUAAAAAAAGGAUAACGGCUACCAGUAAGAAUGCUGUGUUCAUCAUAUUUAGGCAUAGAUUCAAGUUCAAAAGAAGCGAUUUCUUUGCAGCUGAGCAUCAUUAUUGAUAUCACUAUUGCAUUUUCAGUUGGACUUAUUUUAAUUUACUUGCUUUAUUACUUACCUUUUGUGAAAGCUCAAACAAUAUAUUUAGAAAAGGCGAGAAUUCUGCCAAAAAUGAUUCCUGAGGUAGGAAAUGAAAAACUAUCAGAAAUUCAGUCAUUAGCAAGCUUGAUUAGUGUAAAUGAUAGAAAUUAA